AUGUUCUUUAGACACCCUGCUCAAGACAACUAUGUGCAAAUCCUGAAAAGAAAGCGCAAGCCUCGCGCCGCUCCAUACUCCCACGUGAACAUGAAACUCUUACUUCUCUCUGCCCUGGUGGUCGUCGCCCUCUCACAUCCUCUGGAAGUGUCCGAGGAAGAUCAUGCCCAAUGGGAACUGUUCAAGGUGGCCCACGAAAGAGAAUACGAUACACCAGAAGAAGAACUGAAAAGAAAGAACAUUUUCUUGGAAAACCUGCAGUUUGUACGAGAGCACAAUGAAAAGUUUGAAAAUGGUGAAGUUACUUUUGAUGUAGAAAUCAAUAAAUUUUCCGAUUUGACCACCGAGGAGUUCGUGACCAUGAUGAAUGGCUACAAGCGCCCAGUGGUACACGAGAGGACUGGAGAUGCCUUCGACGACUCAGAGAACGUCAAGCUGCCUAAACACGUGGACUGGAGAAAGAAAGGAGCUGUCACUGGAGUCAAGGACCAAGGAAGUUGUGGAGCUACCUGGGCUUUUAGUGCUACUGGAAGUCUCGAGGGUCAACACUACCUGAAGACUAAGAAGCUGGUGUCACUCAGUGAACAGAAUCUUAUAGACUGCUCAACUGCUGACGGAAACAGUGGAUGUCGCGGUGGUCUCGCUGAUACUGCUUACAUUUACAUACAAACGAACAAUGGCAUUGACACUGAGGCAUCUUACCCCUACGAGGCCAAACAAAAAACCUGCCGCUACAACCCCAAGAACAAGGGAGCCACCGACAAUGGAUUUGUUGCAAUCCAAUCAUUCAGCGAGCCGGAUCUGCAAAAGGCUGUGGCCACGGUUGGGCCGAUCUCAGUCGCUAUUGACGGUAGCCACACUUCCUUUAAACACUACAAGAGCGGAGUGUACAAGCAAGCUGGCUGUUCUACUAUGGUUGUCGGCCAAGCUGUUCUUGCUGUUGGCUACGGCUCAGUCAAGAAAGGCGGCGAUUACUGGCUGGUGAAGAACUCCUGGGGAACUGGCUGGGGCAUGAACGGCUACGUCAUGAUGGCCAGGAACGAUAACAACAUGUGCGGCAUUGCCAGCAUGGCCGGUUUAUCCCAAAGUUAA